AAUUGUUCGGAUUGGUUUUUCAACAUUUUUUGUGUACCGGUGUAAUUAUACUUCCACACCAUUCCGGUGGAAUAUUACCAGUAGGAAAUACUUUAUUAAAUAUUUUGUUUAGAUAAGAAACGUGAUCUAACAUGUGGAAUACUUUAACAGGAAGUAACACAAGAAAACGAACGGUAUUUUUAAUUUCCGUAACAAUAUGCAUAUUUGUGAUAUAUGCACAAUGGAGUAAAGCCUUUGGUAUAUUUUCUAAUUCAAAAGGAAAUUCCAAACCCGACAAUGUAAAUCUUUUUUCAGAGAAGCUACGUGCAGCAGCUAACAAUCAAUUGACCUCCGUAAAGAAUGUUUCAGAUAAAAGAACCUCACUCCCAACAUUACAAGACUCAAACUUUGAACUUAAAGAAAUUAACAGUUUUGACAUCACGACUUUAACAAAUGUGACAAAUGCUACAGAAAUAGAACAAGUCAAUAAGACGCUCACACUCCUUUCAAGACAAGUUGGCUCUGACAGUGUAAUUGAUUGGAGCAAGUUCCAGCAUAUUUCGUUCAGACAGAAACCAAAGCAAAACAUGUCAGAUUUACCAUAUUUUCUGAGGUUUGAAAAGGCUGCCUAUGAUAUCAUGAACAUGGAACCAAUAACAUUUGAUCCGGCUUUCAAGAACCCGUGUUGGAGAGGUGGAGACAGUUUCACAUCUCUAAACGAUGGAAGCCUACACUGUUUGCCUUAUUUUUAUAUCAUUGGUGUAAAAAAAAGCGGUACCACAGAUUUGUACGUAAGAAUGAAGAGACAUGCGGAAUUCUGCGAGCCUUUUCGGAAAGGGUCACAGUGGUUUCCAAGGUUGAGAUUCGGCACCGAUGUUACUUCUCGUAUCAACAACUACGUGCUGUCCAUAAUACAAAGAGGCUUUGAUCCAAGGAAAGUAGAAUUCUUUAUCUCGCUGUUUGACAAACCAGCCUUGUGUAUAUCACGGAGUCUAUCAACACGAAGAGGCAAGGAUCCUCUUCGUUAUAAAAUGGUAACAGCUGAAGCUAGUCCAUCGACAUUUCAUAUGCAUACAAACUGGGAGCGGUUACCAGGCAACGAGAACUUAAACGAUCCGCGUUAUACAAACUUUCAGUACAUCAAACACAUUACACCCAACGUUAAAAUUAUCAUCUUGUUUAGAGAUCCCACAACAAGACUUUAUUCUGACUUCUUGCACACCACCAGGGUAUGGUAUGGUAGGUAUUCACCUUACGUGUUUCACAGAGAUGUUAUACAGUUGAUAGAGGCUUAUAAAAGUUGUUUCCGCCGCUUUUCGCAGAGGAGUUGUGUAUAUAAUAAUACCCUAAAACAGGAGCUCCGUUCGAAAGGUGUGAUACUGGCUGAAAGUUUUAAUGCCGGAUUUUAUGCCGUGUAUAUGAAGGAGUUGUUAGCUGUGUUUGGAAAAGCUCAGCUUUUUCCAAUUUUAAUGACUGAUUAUAUUACAAAGAUGGAGAAGACACUACGAAAUGCAUUCAGCUUUCUUGACAUGUCCUCUGUGAGCUCAAGAACAAUGCGAAGAAUGUUAAAAAUUGGUCCGCAAAAUGUUUCAAAUAAGAAAAAGGCUGGAAUAAUGCUAGUCGAGACCAGAGAUAUGCUUUAUGAAUUUUAUAGACCUUACAACGAAGAUAUGGUUACGCUUAUGAACGACACCCAAUAUUUGUUUCCAAAGCCCUAGCCUGUUGUAACCAUGAAAAGGUGUCAUUAUCAUCAGUGCAUAUUGUUUCAAUGCAGUGUUUCCCUUUAAAAGUUUUUAUUUAAUAACAACGCCGUGUAUAAGUAAAUGUAUAAUUUAGUUGAUACAUAUUUUAUUGCUAACAAAUCAAUACAUGUUAUAGUACUAAUAAAUACUAAUAAAUGAUUUUAACAUAAAUUAAUGAAAAGUAGAAAAACAUGUUUAGUGAUGUAUACAUUGAAUUCAGAAGCAAAAGGGUUGGGCCACAAGUUUUCCCAACAUUAGCGACGGCCCUUCCUCAAGAGUAGGUUAAGGUAACAGAUGGAUAUAGAAUCUAGUAUAAACAUAUAUUGUUAUACAGAGAUUGGUUAUACCAAAUAAAAAAAUAAAAAGAUAGAAGUAUAAUUUGAUAAAGACAGACAAAAAGCUGAAGAAAUAAAGAAAAAUAAACAAAUGAAGGUUUUAAAUUUUACCACCCCGAUUCUCGUGCCACGUGUGCGCCCGGAGUUUACUGUUUUGAUCAGCGAAUUAGUUCUUACUAGUAUGGAAAGGUGCAUAAACAAAUUUAGUUAUUGGACGUUUCAAAGCGUUUGAUAAAUUUAAUAAAUCGCUGGACUUCUUUGAAACGAGUAGAAUUUUCUUCAUCGCUUAAAUUAUCAAUACCAAAAAGCAAUUUUUUACUGUUAAGGUGAUGAUGUUGUCUAAUAUUGGUAAACAGUUGGAUUAUUUGGUUUAUGUAUAGCGGACAGCGAAAUAAAAAGAAAUGUUCAGCAUCUUAACAAAAAAUGCCGCACGAACAUUGUGGAUUAUCGCGUAUGUGAUUGUUGAAUAAGUCGUUGUGUAAGCUAUUGCAUUUAUUUCGUAUUAUUGCAUGAUGUACUUGCAGGAAACGGUCUCCUACGAGAAAAUAUGUUGAAAAACGGGUGGGUUAAAUAGUUGUAUUAGCUUUCUUUUACAUGAGGCGAGAGUUUCUGAAUUUUGAAUUUCUAUAUCUAAGUCAUGCCAAAGCUUAAUAGAUGAUGGUAGUACUCAAAUUGUACGAAUUUGUAACACUAACAAUACUAGGUAAAAGUUCAUUUAAGCAGCUCACUAAAUCGCCAUUUCUUUGCUUCUUUGAAAAUAAGGAUUAGUUUUUGCAAUUUACAUCUAUCGAAUAAUGAAAUCCAGGCAAUUUCCUUUAUAAGGUUAUUUAUGGAAACAGAUCUUGCUAAACCGGUAACUGUUCUAGCAGCAUAAUAUUAGAUUUUCUCAAGUAAUUCUUUUUCAUGUGUUGUUCAAUUGUCCCAGAUAAUAGAGGCAUACUGUAAAAUUGGCCUUACGUAGGAGAUGUAGAUUUAAUUGAGAGUUGCUAGUUUAGGUUUAUUUUUUUUUUAAAUCAUUGUCCCUAAUACUUUAGAUGCUGAAGAAGCUAUGUUAGAAAUAUGUGCGUGCCAAGUGCCAUCAUCACAAAACGUUACUCCAACGUGUUUGUGUGUUUUACAGAUUUUAUUAACCCUUUCGCUGCCGAGGAACCAAUAACGUCAUGUACACUUAUUUGCCAAGGCACUUUCCUGGAAAUCACCUUGGUUUUGACAGAAUAGUUUAGAGGCUUUAUUGUUCACAUAAUGUAUACAAAACCUAUAAUUUUUAGAAAGAAAAAUAAUAAAUGCAUACAAAUGAACAAUUUUAUUCUACAAAAAUUCUUGUUUUACUUUAAAAUAUGCUGACGUAAAUGCGGGACGGGUAUACCCGUCCUACAUGUAGACAGCGAAGGGGUUAGAUGGGGAAGAAUCACUGUAAACAGCUAAAAAUAUUUGAAAAAUCUGCUUAGUUUGUAAACCAAUAUUUAGAAAACAAAGAAAUAUAAAGUACCUAAUUCCCUUAUAGAAUCUUCGACCUUUUGAGGAAAUAUUGGAGUUGUUUUCUCUAUUUUACCCAGCAGUUGAAUUGCCGUCCGCCAUUUUGAAAUGUGGAAAUUUACAAGUCACUAAGGUCAUUAUGGACUUUCCGAUGUACAGUAUUCUAAAAGUACUGCAGCAAACACAGAUGGGAAACAUUCUUUUGAUAUGAUUGGUUGCUCUGAGAUAAAUUCAUGUGACGUCAUUUGCAUUGUUUAUAGAUUGGAAUGUUGGGAAAUCCCAAGACGGAUAAACCCGUCUUGUAGGCAAAUAGGCUGACAUAGUAGUGGACGGGUAUACCCGUCUUGUAGGCAGCGAAACACAUGCAUAAUAGUAAUAUAGUUAAUGCUCAACUAAAAUAUUCACUGUUGAAAAGACACACUUAAUAAAAUCUCAGAAACAAAAGCAAUACACAGAUAUCUGAAUUAGAUCUUUCGAU